AUGGCACUACUGGACGCCGUCGCACAUCAUACUCUGGUACUAGCUUGCUUUAUCACACCUUGCAAAACCUAUCCUCACAAAGAUCCCAUCCUCGGGCUUGAUCUCUUCAUUGAAAAUUUCCGCCUUCUGAACAAAGGUGGAUUCCUAGACAAACUUUCCGAACGAUAUUACCGUCAGAAUGCUUGGACAUACACACAACUGUUGUUCAGAGAAAAGGUUAUCAACACAGCAGAUCCUGAAAAUAUCAAAGCCAUUCUCGCAACCCAGUUUACAGACUUUCAGCAUUCUCCUCGCCGAAAAGCGGCAUUCUAUCCCACUUUUGGUCAUGGAAUCUUCACCACCGACGGAGCUGAAUGGGAAUUUUCCAGAGCACUCCUACGUCCGAGCUUUGUGAGAAGUCAAGUUGGAGAUCUGGACAUAUUUGAGGCGCACAUUUCGCAUCUCAUUAAUAAAAUACCCCGUGAUGGGUCAAUUGUGGAUAUACAACAAUUGUUCUUUGCUCUUACCAUGGAUACAGCAACUCAGUUCUUGUUCGGCCAAAGUGCUAAUGUUUUAGUGGAAGGGGAACCAAGCGCCAGAGGUGAAAAAUUUGCGGAGGCCUAUGACUAUGUAACGGAAAUCGUUGGGAUACAAGCUAAACUUGGUCAAAUUGUGGCCAAGAUUCCAAACAAGCGAUAUACCGAUUCCAUCAAAUAUAUCCAUGAGUACGUGGAAAUGUACGUACAGAAGGCCGUCGACUUCGCAAAGUUUGGACAUUCAAGAUCUGUUCACGAUGCAGAAGCGAACGGCCGAGAAUCACACGAGAAGUACGUGUUCUUAGAAGAGCUAGCAAAAACAGGAGUCGACAAGAAAAAGAUCCGGGACGAACUCCUUAAUGUCCUUUUCGCAGGCCGCGAUACAACAGCGGGGCUUCUAUCGUUUACCUUCUACAUUCUUGCUCGCCGCCCAGAUGUUUUCGAGAAAUUGAGGGCUGAAGUUAUGACGCUGGGUUCAGAGAGACCAGAUUUUGCACAAAUAAAGAACAUGAAAUAUCUUCAGUAUACUUUGAAAGAAGUCAAUCGCCUCUACCCAAUUGUCCCAUUCAAUGCUCGUGCUGCCGUUCGAGACACAACUUUACCAGUUGGAGGUGGUUCGGACGGGAAAUCCCCCAUUCUUGUGAAGGCAGGACAAGCUAUAAACUACCAGAUAUAUACGAUGCACAGACGAAAAGAUUUGUAUGGCGAGGACGCUCUAGAAUUCAAGCCGGAGAGAUGGGAGCAUAUUAGGCCAACAUGGCAGUAUCUUCCAUUCAAUGCCGGUCCUCGUAUUUGCAUCGGCCAACAGUUUGCUUUGACUGAGGCUUCCUACACGAUAAUCCGGUUGCUUCAAGCUUUCAAAUCCAUCAGACCGAGAGAAGGCGAAGGACCUUUGACGGAACUACUAGCUUUGACUUCGUCAGUUCGCGGAGGGGUUAACAUUGGGCUGACACCAGCCUAG